UCCGAGCUCGUCCCAUCCAUGGAGCUCCAGCUCGCGCCCCUCUUCACCCCCCGCCUCCCCGGCCCCCCGCCCUACCUCCCCAAGGCCACCGCCACCACCGCCUCCUCGUCGUCCUCGUCGGCGGGGGAGGCCCUCAAGCCCCGCCCGCGUCUUCCGCCCCAGCCCGUCCUCCACCACCACCACAGCCGGCGGAGGGACCUGGGCCCCGCCGCGCUCGCCUCCCUCUGCGACGGCAUCGAGAGGAUGGUCGCCGAGGGGAGGCACCACGAGGCGCGCGACGCGUUCCGCGGGGCCCGGGCCGCGGCGCCGUUCACGCCGCUGCGGGCGUCCACGUACGACGCGCUGGCCGCCGCGGCCUCCGCGCUGCGGGAGCCCGGGUUCGCCGCGGCGGUGCUGUGGCACGUCGAGAGCUCCGGGUUCGAGCCCGACCAGCGCGCCUGGAAUCGCGUCCUCGGGAUGCAGCUGGCCUGCGGGAUGAUCGCCGAGGCGCGCCAGGUGUUCGACGGAAUGCCCGCCAGGAGCGAGGCCACCUGGGGGAUCAUGAUGGGCGGGCUGGUCGAUGCCAGGCGCCCCCGCGGCACGCUCGCUCUGUUCCAGGAGCUCUGGGAGGAGGUGGGUGGGGAUGCCCUCUCACCGAGGGUGGUGGUGGUGGCCGUCCGUGCAGUGACAGCAUUGGGAUCGGUGCUUGCAGGGCAGCAGCUGCACUGUUGCAUUGCCAAGACAGGGAUGUACGAUGACCAGUACCUGUCGUGUGCGCUUGUCGACAUGUAUAGUAAGUGUGGGCAGCUCGAUGAGGCGAGGCGGGUUUUUGAUGGGAUGCCUCAGAAGAGUGUUGUUGCAUGGAACUCCAUGCUUGCAGCGUAUUCGCUUCAUGGAUGCAGCGAGGAGGCAUUGGAUUUGUAUCACAGCAUGUGUGAGAGUGGUGUUCACAUAGACCAGUUCACGUUCUCCACAAUGCUUAGGGUUUUUUCAAGACUGGGCUUGCUAGAGCAGGCAAAACAAGCUCACGCUGGCCUGAUUCAAAGAGGGUUGCCCCUUGACAUUGUUGGGAACACAGCGCUGGUAGAUCUGUAUUGCAAGUGGGGGCGGAUGGAAGAUGCAAGGAACGUUUUUGAGAGGAUGCCUAGCAGGAAUUUGAUAUCUUGGAAUGCACUAAUAGCAGGUUACGGCUACCAUGGCAUGGGGCAUAAGGCUGUUGAGAUGUUUGAGGAGCUAAUAGCUGAGGGAAUUGCUCCAAACCACGUGACAUUUCUAGCAGUACUAAAUGCAUGCAGAUUUUCUGGCUUUGUUGAGGAAGGGAAGAGAACUUUCCAGUUGAUGACUGAAAAUCGAAGAAUGAAACCACGUGCCAUGCAUUAUGCUUGUAUUAUUGAGCUUUUUGGUCAACAAGGGCAAUUAGAUGAAGCCUAUUCAAUGAUAAGGAAAGCACCAUUCAUCCCAACAGCAAAUAUGUGGGGUGCUUUGCUCACUGCUUGCAGGAUCCAUAAGAACACACAGCUUGCUAGAUUAGCUGCCGAGCAACUGUUGGCGAUGGAACCUCAGAAAAUAAACAAUUAUGUUGUUCUUCUCAACUUGUAUAUUAACUCUGGGAGACAGACUGACGCCUCAAAGGUCAUUGAGACUUUGAGGAGGAGGGGUUUAUGUAUACAUGCUGCUUGUAGCUGGAUCACUGUUAGGAAAAAAGAUCACAUGUUUACCUUUAAAGAUAGUCUCCAUCCACAAAGUUCUGAAAUCUAUAAGAAGUUAGAUUCAUUAUUGAAGGAGAUAAAACAACUUGGUUAUGUUGCUGAGGAGAAUGAAUUGCUCCCUGAUAUUCUUCCUAAUGAACAAAAGAUGCUAAAAAUUUACCAUAGUGAAAAACUUGCAGUUGCUUAUGGCCUUAUCAGCACAUCUUCAUCAACUACCUUGAGGGUCACCCAGUGCCAUCGGUUGUGCCAUGACUGCCACAAGGUCAUGAAGUUUGUGACACAAGUUACCAAGAGGGAAAUUGUUGUAAGGGAUGGUAGUAGGUUUCACCACUUCAAACUCGGGACUUGCUCUUGUGGUGACUACUGGUAACUAGCUGCUCAUUCCAGAGAUUCUAGAACCAAUUCUGGACAGGAAUAGCAUGGAUCAAUGAGGACAUAGCAGUCUAUCGGUUUCUCAAUGGUUUGUGCAGCCUAAAGCUUGGUAACUGAUGACUUUCACACUGGAGAUGCCAAUCUUUGCUUGUGUUCUUUAAGGAAGGAAUAAAGCUCAGAUGUAACAAAGGAUCAAAGUAAAGCAUAAUACUUUCAGCAUCUAUUGACAGCUAGUUUCUACUCAGUUCAUAACUACAUCAUAGUUGGAGAAAAAUUCUCCUUUUCUACUUUUGCCUUGGCUCUUUAUUCAACGAUUACCAAUAAAAAGGGGCACACCUCCCUUCAUUGUAUAAGCAGGCAAUCUUCCUCCCACAACUGCUCUCAGGUUAUCUUGCUUCCAUAACUUCUCUCGGCUGAAAGAAGCUCGAGCACACGCUGUGAUGGCAAGAUCAAGAAUUGGGGCUGCUCUUCUUGUCUGUGCAGUGAUUUUAGCACUAGAUAUUACUGCUGGCAUACUUGGAAUUCAGGCUCAGGCUGCUCAAAACAAGGUUAAAAAGGUGACGGUGCUCUUCAUCCAAUGUGAGAAACCUGUCUACAGAGCAUACCAGCUGGGCCUCGCAGCUGCAGUACUGCUUGUAGUUGCCCACGCAGUGGCCAACUUUCUCGGUGGCUGUGCCUGCAUCUGCUCUCAGAUGGAGUUCAUCCGGGCAUCCAUUAACAGGAAACUGGCAGCGACUCUUAUCGUGCUCUCUUGGCUUGCUCUCAUUGUCGGAUUCUCGCUGCUGGUCGCUGGUGCCAUGUCCAACUCCAAGUCGAAGACGGAGUGCGGGUUCGUGCACGGCCAUACACUGUCUCUCGGAGGUAUCAUGUGCUUCGUCCACGGCGGGAUCACUGUCGCUUACUAUGUCACCGCCCACGCAGCAGCAUACGAACUUCCUUAAAGCCAUUGGCUACGCAAUGCAAAGCUUUGGGCAUCACACGGGAUCGUACAGGCAAAGCUGAUACCUUUAUCACACGAGAUCAUCACCUGAUCACCAUUCUUUCCUUCUUUUUCUUUUUCCCUGCUGUUUUUAUUCAUUCAGUUUGUGAUUCAGCUUUUGCAACUGAUGGAAGCAUCGAUCGAGUUAUGUGUUGUAUUGAAGUAAAAGAAGAUUGAUAUACUUGUGCUUUGACUAUUACAACUUCCUCUCGCCUUGAGUGCUUGGGAAAGAAAUGAGUUGAUCAUAACAUCUAUUUGUUUGUUUAGAAAUUAUUACGCAGAAUAUAAUACCAACGAUUGGUAUAUGGUGCAAAGUACCCCCAAACUGUGAACUUGUGUGAAGUGUUGUACUU